AGCCAAGCAAGCAGCCACCAAGAAACUUAAACUGUUACCUUUAGUACUGACACAUCUUAACAAGGCUGAUCUUCAGUUUACAUUUAUUGAUUCAGGAAUUUUAAAUGCUUUAAAGGAUUGGUUAAGUCCUCUUCCUGACGGAUCUCUUCCUCACCUUCAAAUUAGAACAGGACUGUUAAAGAUACUUUCAUCAUUCCCAGCCUUAGAUACCGGUGCAUUGAAGAUGAGUGGACUGGGUAAAGCCAUCAUGUAUAUCUAUCGACAUCCAAAAGAAAUCAGACAGAACAAGAAUAUUGCUGGAAAACUGAUAAACGAAUGGGCGCGGCCAAUAUUUGGUGUUACUUCAAACUUUAAGUCAAUGUCUCGUGAAGAACGCGAAGAAAGAGAUUAUCAAAACAUGUCCAAGAGAAGGCGACUCAGCUCGACUGAGGAAGGUGGAAGGACGCCAAGAUCUAUCGAUCGUGCUCUGCAAGGAGAAAAAAAGGCUGCUCGUCCAGGRGAAAAGGGUUUCAUCAUGAGAGCACGUGUUCCCACGCCUUCAAAUAAAGACUAUGUUGUCAGGCCAAAGAGCAGUCUUGAGGCGCUAGACUUCCAACGAGUAAAUAAAGUAAUGAGCAGAGCAGAUAAACAGAUGAGAAAGUUCAAGGAUCGAAAUAAAUCCAAAGCCCCAACUCACGCAGCGACAAUCAGCAUCGAAGGUAGAAAGAUGUCUUUAUAAUUAUCGCCUUCUUACUGUUGUGUUACAUCAACGUUCUAGAACACUUGAUCGUCAACGGGUGCUGGAUCUAAUAUUCAAACUGUUUAUUUGAUGGUUUUUAUCCAACUGUAUCAGAUAGCUAACUGACAGGUCCAAUGSAACUUCGUCCGAACUAUUUUGUGAGAUAAGUUUCUGUUUUUAAGAAAAAAGUUAAAGUGAAGAAAAUUGUUAAAUUACUUGUGUACAAAGCUAAUAAACUUAAGAAGUCAAUUGG